CACCUCACGAAUGAAAAUUUGACUGUUGGAACCUCCCCCAACCCACCCCCGUUUUGCCUUGCCUAGCAUAUUCAUUUCGCAACAGAUAUCUGUCAUAUCUGCCGAUACCAAACAGCUCUGCUCUAUUCAUCUGUCGCUGCGCGCCGGGAAGCAGUCACGGUAAAACGCGACAGAUGUAAAGAAUUCGAGACGCCCGCCAGACGACCCACAACAACAACACAACCUCUGCGCUGUAGCGCAAACAGAUCCAUCACACUUAUACGCGAUAACGAUAUAUUACGAGCAUCUAAUCAUGAAUUUCCGGCCGUGACCUGCUGGGCAAUCAAUGGUACUCUCACGUAGAGUUCUGGAUUCUUUCAUCGAAUUCAAAGAGAAAGAAAGUCAACACCUCAGCGAUACCCUCUCUAUUUCACCUUUUAAUACAUAAUCAAAGAUGGAGCAAUUGACAUUGCAGCCGCGCAAGGCGGAAGUGGAGGAGGAAGCAAUCGAAAAUUGGGACGACGACAAUGAUCUGGACAUUGGUGGAGAUGACUUCACAUUCCGAAGCACCUCGGUAGCAACUACGGCCGCGUCACAUCACCGAGAUUCGAUCUCAUCACGCUUGUCCGGACGAUCCGAGUUCGAUUCGAUUUGCGGGGAUGAAGAGAAGCAAGUGCACUUGCCUGGGGAUGACGAGGUAUCGACUUUUGACGCAAUUGCAACAGCGACAAGAGCCGGCAUUCCUAUACCGCAGAAUGUGCCACCUUCUGCCUUGAUGGGAGGCACAAUCAAAAGACUCGGAGGAAGAAGGAUUAAGAAGAUCGUAAAAGAUGAUUGGGACGAUGGCGAUCUCGAGUUGCCAAGCGACGGGAGUUUGAAUAUCAAACGGCAGGAUGGAUCAAAUUUUCCUGAUGCCUUGCGACAAGUCAGUGGCCCUAGUUCUGUCAAUACCAGUCCAGCCAAGCAACUGCAAGCUACACCACAGUUGCACCCUGCGCCAAACUUCAACUUGAGUCCUCAGUCACAGAAGACAACGUCCGCAUCCUCCGAUUUACUGGACAAGUUCCGAGACAACGACGAUGACGAUUUUUUGGGAGACGGCGGAGAUACAAUUAAAGUUUCCAAAAGUAGACAGUUGCCGGCAGGUCUACCUUUUAUCACUCCACCAACUCCCCAGAAAAACGAUACUGUAGCCGACCCGGAAGACGAUUUCGAGCGAGAUUUACAACUGCCCGCCGAUGGCGGGCCUCUUAAGUUAACCGCUCGCAAGGACAUACCAAAAACCCCUGCGAAUGCACAGGACGAGUUUGAUGAAUGGGGAGAAGGCAGCCUAGGCACGCGAUUUGGUGGAAGAAGAACUCAUUCGAACCGAAGUUCAUCCGUCUCUGCUUUAAGCCCCAGCGUUUCCAGCUCAAUGACAAUCGAGAGUGAGGACGAAGGUCUAGAUGGCCUGAUUCUUCCAAGCGGGCCCCUACACUUCGAUGAUAUCCUGAAACGCAGACAACAGGACCGGUCACCUGACUUCCAAUUUCCGGAAAGACAAGCUGUCAAGCGUGAUGAAAUCAAGGAGGACUUCCUUUCCGGUCUCGAAAUUGGUGAUGGAGACAUCUUUGAUCCGAGCAAACUUACCCUCAAUCGCAAUAUCAAGAUCAAAAGUAUUCGACAGACGAGUCCACCGCGACCGAAAGCUGCCGUAUCAUUAACUUUCACCAACAAAGCUACAGCAACUACCUCGCGCCUACCUCGUCCCCUUGGUCAUGAACGUAGCUCAUCACAACUUGAGCCUGUCUCGGAGAGUGGUGGACCCAUCGCGAAUCGGAAUCGGAGAACACAAUCUCGACUUGGACAUCAUGCGUCACAAUCCUCAAUAAGCAGCAUCCUAACUCCUACCACGCCAACCACUGUGCAGCCAUUGCAACCAUCAACACCCCGGCGACGGGAUCUAGGGGCGAAACCCUCUAUCACCGCUCUUCGCAAUGAGCCGACAACGACCAAUGCGCAAUUGCUGAAGCUCAAGCGAUCUAUGCCAACUAUGCGAUCCUAUUCUCAGUCCCCAGCUAAGCCGAUUGGAUCGCGAUACGAAAGACCGCCCUCUCGAACGGAGACCAGCAGUAGACCAACAUCACUGUCUCGGCCCAAGACGCCAGUUGAGAGAGACCGCUCUGGGACCGAGAGUAGUGUGUCUCAGGUCCGAAAGAAUCCUGUUCCAUUCCUACCAGCGGGCGCAUCUCAGUCUCAAUCACACCAUGUUGCCGUUAAAUCUUCCCGCCAUUUCCACCGCCAUGAUUCCGAAUCCUCAAUUACCAGUACCGAUCUUCGUCCAUCGUCGCGGGCUGUCUCAAGAUCGACAAUAAGAUCACCGAGUCCGAGGCGAAAUGUCCGAGGUGCUGAAGCAUUGGCUCGUGAAGCUGCUGUGAAGCGGCAGUUGACCAAGCCUGUGAGACGAAGACACUUCGGUGAUGGUUUUGAAUUGGAUGGUUUCGAUGACCUGCCGAUUUCUCGAGAUUCCGAGCAGAGGUUUAUAAAAGAGCCAGUUGGUCGUGGCCCCCCUAAACAGUCGAGCUUACGAAAUAAGAUCCACCAAGAGCCUGUACCUUUGAGAACGAACACUCCGGCACCUCACACACCAAUUUCUGCGACUCGUCCACGAGAUGAAUUGCCACGUUUCGCCCGUGAUACCAACGCAAGUCGAAUGGCCCGGGAGCAAACCCUGACUCAACGUGCACCUUCAGCAGCUGGUGGACCUCUCACAGCCCUGACAAACCAAUGGAAAUCCAAGGGGUCUGCAACACCAGGUCUGAGUGUCAAUACCCAGUCGGUUCGAUCAAAGAAGCGGAGAGGUCCACCUCAAAAGCCUCAAUUGAUCAAGCCACUGGGGAAUAUUAAUAAUCCGAAGAUGGUUAGAGGAAUGUGGUAUAACCCCGCUACCUUCCGUUGGGAGGGAAAUGAGAACGAUCUGAGCCCCUUCGAUGCGCCAAACUCGCCGUCGGUGCCGUCGGCUUUGAUGCCUUCACAUAUGGCACGUGAGAAAGAAAAUUCUAAUCUAUACCGUGAAAAGGAGAACGCUACUCCUCGCCCUGCGCUCAUCACCAACAUCAACGCCUCACAGAACGUCCAAGUAGUGGGCGGCAUGGUUUUCGACCCGCAGCGGAUGUGCUGGCUCAAAAUGCCAUCCUCGUCUCGCGACCGCGGGAAGAGCGAAGGCGGUGAUACAAUGGACGGCUUCGAUGCCUUAGAUGAGGAAGAGGAUGUCUUCAAAGACGUACCAGAUCUUGAAGAUGACAAGAAAGGGGAUGAUGAUAUCGGCGGAAGGACGAGUGAAGGUGGCAGCGGCCUGAAAGAUGACUGGCUCGUUGGCGAGGAAUUCGAUGUCGGUCCUGAGUUCGUGCGGAGACAACGAGAAGAGGAGGAGAGGUGGCGGAGGAAGUGCGAGAGAUGGGUGGGUGCUCAGCGAGAGAUGGAGCGAGGCGGCGAUGUGGAGUGGCGCUGGAGCAUCCGAGAUGUGGUUAAUGAGCAAUGAGCAAUGAGCGGCCCCGCCGUAUGAGCGCAAGUGCGCAACGAUUCGAACAAGUCGACCCGAACCCCCAUACCGACAACGUUGGUUACGCAUGAUUGAUGUCCACGUAUGAAAAAGUCCUGCCCCCAGCGGAUCCUUGGCAUAAUAACAUUUGGGCAUUGAGUCCUGGGCAAAGGAUAGAGAGGGCAGGCAGCUUGAAUGGAUCUCUGUAUCAUUUGCAUUUUUGCGUUUUGUGUCUGCGAUAGAUAUGAG